ACCCAUCUGUCCUUCCGAAACUAAAAAACACUUUUUUUCACUAUUUAUUGACAUGUCUUCAGCCACACAAAAACCCCAGACCAAGGGAAGAGGGAUCACCGACUUGGUGGCCGGUGGAACUGCCGGAUUGUUCGAAGCGUUAUGCUGUCACCCAUUGGAUACCGUCAAGGUCAGAAUGCAGUUGUACAGAAAAAGUGGACAGAAACCCCCGGGAUUUUUGAAAACCGGAAUCAACAUCGUCCAGAAAGAGACGUUUUUGAGUCUAUACAAGGGAUUGGGUGCGGUUGUCAUUGGAAUCGUACCUAAAAUGGGACUAAGAUUCUCGUCCUAUGAAUUCUACCGGUCAUUACUCUACGCUCCAGAUGGAUCAAUCUCCACCAGUCUGACAUUUUUGGCCGGUGUAGGUGCUGGGAUCACCGAGGCUGUUCUCGUGGUGAACCCCAUGGAGGUGGUGAAGAUCAGAUUGCAGGCGCAACACCACUCAAUGGCUGAUCCCUUAGAUAUCCCUAAAUACAGAAACGCCCCUCACGCCGCCUACGUGAUUGUGAAGGAAGAAGGGUUCAAGACCUUGUACAGAGGAGUGUCAUUGACGGCUGCCAGACAAGCCACCAACCAGGGAGUCAAUUUUACGGUGUACUCGAAAAUCAAGGAAUAUUUGCAAGGAUACCACCAAACCGACGUGUUGCCCGCGUGGGAAACUAGUUGCAUUGGGUUGAUUUCAGGGGCUUUGGGACCUUUAUCCAACGCUCCUUUGGACACCAUCAAAACCAGAUUACAAAAGACUACGUAUGCUUCCAACGAAUCUGGUAUGGUGAGAAUCGUCAAGAUUGGAAAGCAAUUGGUGCAUGAAGAAGGUAUGGCUGCUUUGUAUAAGGGAAUCACUCCUAGAAUCAUGAGAGUGGCUCCGGGACAAGCUGUUACCUUUACUGUUUACGAGUUCAUGAAGGGAGUAUUGAGCGGCGACACCCCUAUUCCCAGUUUGACUCUGGGCAACAAAAAAUUAGACUAGGUAUAUUUAUUAAACAUAGUAUUGGAC